UGAAUUUGCUAUCAACGCUCCUCUAGGAGUAUAGAUGGGGAUGCAUGGAGAACUUGUUCACACCGGCGCAAAAGCAGGCGAGUUUCACUAUUGGCCCCGGGGAAGCGACUCCUGUCUGCCGUGCGACUGCUACCCGGUUGGCUCCUUCUCCAGGUCAUGUGACCAGGAGGUGGGCCAGUGCCAAUGCAGGCCCGGAGUUAUUGGCCGACAGUGCAACCUGUGCGACAACCCGUUUGCCGAGGUCACCAAUUCAGGCUGCGAAGUGAUCUAUGACGGUUGUCCCAAGACCAUCACGCUGAGCAUCUGGUGGCCAAGGACCAAGUUCAACCUGCCGGCCGUGGUGGCCUGUCCUAAAGGAUCCAUCGGCGCUGCCAUCAGACACUGUGACCAGGAGAGGGGCUGGCUGGAGCCGGACCUGUACAACUGCACCUCUCCCCCCUUCGUGGAGCUCAACAUCCCCCUGGAGUCCCUGGAGCGCAACGAGACGGAGCUGAGCACCAUCGUGGAGAAGAAGCUGGCCCACCAGCUGCGCGAUGUCACCGAGGCCACGUCCCGUCUCUACGGCAACGACCUGCAGAUCGCCGAGCGGCUGCUGUCCCGCCUCCUGGCGUUCGAGACGCAGCAGACGGGCUUCGGACUCACGGCCACGCAGGACGCCCACUUCAACGAGAACAUUCUCCGCGGCUGCAGCGGCGUGCUGGGGGCGGACACGGCCGGGCUGUGGCGCGCCCUGGCCCAGAACCAGAACCACCCGCUGGCCGGGGGCCCCGGGGGGCUGGCGGAGCUCCUGGAGCAGUACGCCCAGACCCUGGCCCAGAACAUGAAGCUGACCUACCUCAACCCCGUGGCCUUAGUGGCCCCCAACAUAGUGAUGAACCUGGACCGCGUGGAGAACCACACCCACGUGCGCCGGCGUUUCCCCCGCUACCACGCCCCUCUGUUCCGCGGCCAGGCCCUGUGGGACCCCCACACCCACGUGGUGCUGCCCCCUGCUGCCCUGGUGCCGCAACGACACCAGCAGCACAGCUGGAAGGAGAGGGAGCGCAUGGAGAAAGAACUUCCCCUGAGCGUCGCUCCCGCCCCCGUCAGCGUCUCAGCCAAUCAGACGGUGGAGUACGCCGCGGCCAGGCGCACUGUUUCGCUGCCCGAGCCGCCAAUCACCAUCGUGAUCCUGCUCAUCUACCGCAGCCUGGGGUCCGCCCUCCCUCCGAAGUACCACACUGACCGCCGGGGCGUCAGAUUGCCCAGACAUCCAGUAAUGAACUCCCCAGUGGUCAGCGUGUCCGUGUAUAACAACCAGACCUUUGUGGGCGGGCACUUGGACCAGCCCCUCCUAUUGGAGUUCAAGCUCCUGGAGACGGCCAAUCGCAGCAAGCCUCUUUGUGUGCAGUGGAAUCACAGCAGCACGUCUGAGUCGGGGGGUUGCUGGACGGUGCGGGACUGCAUCGUGGUGUACAGGAACAUGUCCCACGUCCGCUGUCAGUGCCACCGGCUGGGAACCUUCGCGGUGCUGAUGGACAGCUCCCACAGAGAGCAGCUGGAGGGGGACCUGGAGACCCUGGCGGUGGUGAGCUACGCGGCGCUGGUGGUGUCCAUGCUGGCCCUGCUGCUCACCGUGCUGCUGCUGUCCUGCCUGCGCGGCCUCAAGUCCAACACGCGCAGCAUCCACUCCAACAUGGCCGCCGCCGCGCUGCUCUCCCAGCUCGUCUUCCUGCUGGGCAUCAACCAGACCGAGCAGCAGUUCCUGUGCACGGUGGUGGCCAUCCUGCUCCACUACUUCUUCAUGUCGACGUUCGCCUGGAUGUUCGUGGAGGGGCUCCACGUGUACCGCAUGCAGACGGAGCAGCGCAACAUCAACUACGGCGCCAUGCGCUUCUACUACGCCAUCGGCUGGGGCGUGCCCGCCAUCAUCACCGGCCUGGCAGUGGGGCUGGAUCCAGAGGGCUAUGGGAACCCGGACUUCUGCUGGAUCUCCAUCUACGACAAGCUCAUCUGGAGCUUCGCUGGACCUAUCGCCAUAGUGAUUCUGAUGAACGGAGGGAUGUUCCUUAUCGUGGCCAAGAUGUCCUGCAACCCCUCGCAGAAGGAGACCAAGAAACUGCCGGUCAUCUCUACGAUCCGUAAUGCCUUCCUGCUGCUGCUGGUCACCACGUCCACCUGGCUGUGUGGCCUGAUGGCCGUCAACAACAGCAUCCUGGCCUUCCACUACAUCUUCGACGUGCUCUGCCUCGUGCAGGGUCUGUCUGUGCUGCUGGUGUUCACGGUUCUGAACAGCGAGGUCCAGGAGGCCUGGAGGGCGGUGUGUCUGGGCAAGAAGAGUCCCGGGGAGGACCCCCCGAGACCUCCCCAGCCCGCCGGUCAGAACCCCUACAACAACGCGUCCCUCCUGGAGCAGAGCGGUUUGCAGCGCAUCACCCUGGGAACCUCCACCGUCUCCUCCGUCAGCUCCGCCAGGGAGAACCUCCUGGCCCGGCAGACCCUGGAGCAGAACAUCGGUCUCACGGGGGCCACCGACCUGGACGUGGCCAUGUUCCACCGAGACGGAGGUGAGGACUCUGACUCUGACUCUGACCUCUCCCUUGACGAGGAGCGUAGUCUCUCCAUCCCGUCGUCAGAGAGUGAGGACAACGUGCGUCUCCGUGGACGCAUUCAGCGUCGCUUCAAACGCUCCAAUCACAGAGAGCGACUGCUCACAGAGCCCGCCCAGAACGGCACCAAAGACCUGGACGGCAACGACCUGCUGUCCUAUUGGCCCGCCCUGGAGGAGAGCGACAACCGCAGCCUGCAGAAGUGGGGCUCGGAGCGCCCUCUGGGGGCCGACUACAGUAAGGACGCCGCCAACAACAACCAGCCCGACGCCUCGCUCACUAGCGGGGACGAGAGCGGCCUCACGCAGCCAGGCAGGCACCGCAAGGGUAUCCUGAAGAACCGUGUGGGCUGCCCCCCAGCCCUGCAGGGCCGCGGCCCCAGCGAGCUCAACUGGUACCGGACCUCCACGCUGGGCCACCGCGGCGUGCCGGCCGCCUCCUACGGCCGCAUGUACUCCCACGCCACGGGCUCGGCCGGCGGCGGCGGGGGCGGCGGCGGCGGGGGGGGCAGCGGCUCCCUCUCGCAGCCCGCCUCGCGCUACUCGUCCCGGGAGCACCUGGACUCCCUGGCCCGCCGCCAGCUGACCCGGGACCCGCUGGGCCGGCCCACGGUGGGCGGGUCGCGGGACCGCCUGGACUCCCGUGGCUCCCGGGACAACCUGGACCUGCUGCCCCGGCGUAGGGAGCUGGGCCCGGGGGGCGGCGGCGGCGGAGCGGGGCCGGACCACCAGCGGGUGUCGUCCUCCAGGGAGAACCUGGCGGGGUCCCGGGACCGGCUGGACUACCCGCCCCACGCGGGCAGCGCCCACGCCUCGCGGGAGGACCUGAGCGGGGGCGGCGGGGAGGGCUACCUGGGGGGGUCCCGCUCGCAGCUCAACACGCUGACCCGGCGGCAGGCCACGUCCCGGGAGCACCUGGCGGCGGGCGGGGGGGCGCUGGUCAGCAGCCGGUCCCGGGAGCAGCUGGAGACCAACGGAGGAGGAGGAGGAGGGGGGGGGGGAGGGGGGUCCCAGGCCCAGCCCUGCCGGGAGUGGCUCCGCACGCUGCCCCCCCGCCAGCCCUCGCACCCGGACCAGCCCCCCGCGUCGCCGCCCCCCCCCAUCUCGGAGGAGCCCCAGCAGGAGCAGCCCUCCGCCCCGGGGGCCCCCCGCGGCCGGGGCCCCCCCCCCCUCGUGUAG